AUGGGAAAACUAAGCAAAGAUCGUCGAGACAUUUAUUAUAGGAAGGCAAAGGAAAAUGGAUAUAGAGCUCGAAGCUCAUAUAAAUUAAUACAAAUAAAUGACAAGUUCGAAAUAUUUAAGUUGUUCAAUCCAAGCAACUAUAGUAAUAGUGAUAUUGGUGAAGUAAUAAACAAAUACAAUGAAGAAUAUUGUUAUAAUAUAGUUGACUUGUGUGCCGCCCCAGGAAGCUGGUCGCAAGUCCUUAAAAAUAUUUGUUUAUACAACUAUUAUAAUAUGCUAUAUUUUAUAAAUAAAAAUAAUAACAUGAAUAAUGAGUUAGAUGAUUUAGAGCAUGAAGAAUUUGUAAAGAAUUUUUCCUUAUAUAUAAAUUUCAAUGAUUCUUUGGAGAAAAAAAUUGAUAAAUUUUUAAAAAAUAAUAAUUAUCAAAUAAAAGAGCCAAAACUUGUUGCAGUCGAUUUACAAGAAAUAGGGAACAUGAAUUAUAUAAAUAUAAUACAAGGUGAUAUUACAAAAAUGUCUACAAUAAAUCAAAUUUUAAAAUGCAUGAAUGGAAAUGAGAAGGAAGUUGACCCAUUUGUUGAUACUUCUAAACAUCCAUGUAAUGACGAAAGUGGUAAAUAUAAUAAAAUGGAAAAUAAUUUAUUAAAUAAAAAAAAAGAAGAAAAAAAGUUUGCAUAUGCACAUGCAGUUGUAAGUGACGGUGCUCCAGAUAUUACAGGGAUGAAUGAUAUCGAUGAAUUUAUUCAAUCUCAAUUAAUUUUAUCAAGUUUAAAAGUUUGUUGUUCUGUUUUAAAAAUAGGAGGAAAUUUUAUUAGUAAAAUAUUUAGAGGAGAAUAUACAGGUUUAUUAAUAUUUCAUUUAAAUAAAUUUUUUGAAAAAAUUUAUGUUUGUAAACCUCAAAGUAGUAGAAAUAAAAGUUUAGAAUCAUUUCUUGUUUGUUUAAAUUUUGGUUUACCCAAAUCGGCUAUCACUUCUUUAUUUACAAAUACAAACAAGCUGUGCUAUGAUUACAAAAAUGAAAACGAACUUCGAAAUGUGCAUAUAGAGUCAAUUAAUAAAAAGGACCAAGAUUGGCAAGAAGAUAAACUUGAUAGCGAUAUAGAUAGCCCAGACACCGAAAAGGGAAACAACAUAAAUAUAACUAAUAAUGUGACGAAAAAAAAUUUAGACAUUUUUAAUUUUUAUUGCUCAGAUAGUGAUGAAGAUAUAAAAUAUUUUAAUUCAGAUGAAGAAGAAAAUGUUAAUAAUUAUCUUUCUUCAAAUUUCUCAUCAAAUAAUAAAUUAUUUUCUUUUGUUGCAACACAAAAUUAUUAUGAUUCAGAUAAAUCGUAUUUAUUACCCCAAAACUAUAUUAGACAUGAACCUCAAAUUAUGCCCUUACAACCUCCAUACCUUUUAUCAUUACAAAAUAGAAGAAAAGAGACAAAAAAGGUAUAG